GCCCGCUCCCCCGGAGGUCCAGGUCCGGGAGGUUGACAGUGGAUCACGGGUAGUCAAGGAGAGGGUACUUGGGCCUUCAAAGGCCUGCUCGCACCGCACUACUCACCGUGUGAGGCCGAGAGCGCCGAGCGCAGAGAGCAAAGGCGAUGCUGACAGGGAUUACGCGGCUCUUCUCCACGGUCCAGAAGCUGGACCCAAGAUGUUUUUUACAUGUGAGUGCCCAAGUAACUCAGAGCACUCAGGUUCCAGCCGAGCAUCCCAGAGCUGUUUCCCGCACCAGUGACAGUGACCCGGCUAAGCACGGCGAGCAGCAUGAGGGUCAGCACUACAGCAUCCCCCUCCAGGAUCUGAAGACAGUGUUUCCUCACGGCCUGCCUCCUCGAUACACCAUGCAGGUGAAGACUUUCGGCGAAGCUUGUCUGAUGGUAAGGAAGCCAGCUCUUGAGCUUCUGGGAUACCUGAAAAAUACCAAUUUUGCUCAUCCAGCCGUGCGGUAUCUUCUCUAUGGGGAGAAGGGAACAGGAAAAACCCUCAGUCUUUGCCAUGCCAUUCAUUUCUGUGCAAAACGUGACUGGCUGAUUCUGCACAUCCCAGAUGCUCACCUUUGGGUGAAAAACUGCCGGGAGCUUCUGCAGUCAGCUUACAACAAACAGCGCUUUGAUCAACCCUUAGAGGCCUCUACCUGGCUGAAGAACUUCAAAAUUACGAACGAGCAUUUCCUGAGCCAGAUAAAGGUUCAAGACAAGUAUGUUUGGAAUAAGCGAGAGAGCACUGAGAAAGGCAGUCCUCUGGGAGAAGUUGUUGAACAGGGCAUUACCCGAGCAAGGACGGCCACCGAUGCUGUUGGCAUCGUGCUGAAGGAGCUCAAGAGGCAGAGCUCCUCGGGGCUCUUCCGUCUCCUGGUGGCAGUGGACGGAGUCAACGCACUCUGGGGAAGGACCACACUGAAAAGACAGGACAGAACCCUGAUUGCCCCAGAGGAACUAGCCCUAGUCCACAACUUAAGGAAAAUGGUGAAAAAUGACUGGCAUGGAGGUGCAAUCGUGUUGACUUUGAGCCAAACCGGGUCUCUCUUUAAGUCCCGAACAGCCUAUUUGCCUCAAGAGCUGCUGGGAAAGGAAGGGUUUGACGCCCUAGAGCCUUUUCUUCCCAUCCUCAUUUCCAACUAUAAUCCGAAGGAGUUUGAAAGUUCUUUUCAGUAUUACUUAGAAAACAAUUGGCUUCAGCAUGAGAAAGCUUCGACAGAGGAAGGGCGGAAAGAGCUGAAGUUCCUGAGUAACUGCAAUCCUGAGCAGCUAGAGCGGCUCUGCGCCUCGCUGUAAGCACGCACGCAGUACAGCAUGCCUGGAAGACAAGUGCCACAGCCUGGCCUGCAGUGACGGACCUGUGACAGGAGGAUGUCCCAUUGUUCCUACAGAUAACAGUUUUUUAUUGAGGUUUUCACAUUAAAGGUAGAUUUGCCUCUGGGAGUUGUGUUGGAUUUGCAAUA